AUGCCUUAUAAUACUCGUCGAAAGUCACUGUCACUUCCGUCGCUAGGGAUUCAUCUCCCUAGUGCCUCCCGCCGAUCCCCGUCGGCCUCGAAAUCGCCACACGCGACCGACGAGCAACUGCCUCCCUCCAAGAAAGUAAAGAGGUCGCACGACUCGUCUUCACUAUCUCCAGAGCCUACCUCGGUGUCGAUAUCGACUACGAAGGAGCAGUUGCCUGUACGUUCGCUUGGUCGGCGCGGGGCGUUUGAACAAACGCCACCCCCAUCGCCUAUUGAUGGAAAUGUCGCGCCCAAGAUCGAUACGGAGGGUAUCAACGAUGAUAUUGUGGUCGGCGUGAUCGAGCAGUUGGAGAAGACAGGCAAUCGUCCGCAUUUGGUCAAAGAGCUCGCAGCCGUCCUAGUGACGCUCAAUGAGAAUGUCGCAAACUCCGCCAAUCCCGCCGCGCUCCUUUCUUCUCGGUUGAGCACAUACAUGAAGCGUCCGUGGACAGCGCUCGCACCGUGUCCUCUGGCGAAGGAGCUUAUUCCAGUUCACCCUCGCAAAGUGUAUUAUUAUUUGACAACGCUACCUCGCCAACCUCUUCCUGAGAACUCGGACGAUAUCAUUAUCCCGGGUGUAGAGGGAAAGAACGUCACUCCCAGCGUGUCCAGCGCUGACCUGGACGAGGAAGACGCGUUGGCGCGGGAACGAUCGCGCCUCAGCCCAAGCCCCGAGGUGGAUCUGUCCCCCCCGGACUUUGAGGAAGAGAAUAUUGAUCUGGAUGCUCGCGAUGAUAGCGUGGCUAGACAAUGUGCGACUGAUUUCGACCAUCAGCAUGCGCGCCUCAUGCACUCGAACCGGGCCGCUUCUCCUCCGUUGGAGGGUGACGAGAAGGAAUUCACUCAGACUGCCAGUGCUGUUCGCGAGCGGGCCUCAGAGCAAAAAGCAAGCCAGCUCGAAAAGGCCAAAGGACCCUUCUCGGCCCUUUCGGAGGGGCUUAGCGAACUGGAUGAUGGGGCCAUGAGCAUCGCUGGAACUCCUGUUGAAGAUAGUCCGCUCUCGUCCAUUAAUGGGGACCGCAUUGGGGUUCCAGAUCUUGAUAUGAAGAUGUCGGAUCUGGUUGAACAGGACAGUAAGAUGUCUCUGGCCCCCAGGACCAUGGCAGACACAGAUGUUGAGAUGGUCUUCGAAUCCUGGAGAGACUUGCAAAAUCCUGAGAGUGUCGAUGUCCAUGAGCUCGAUGAGAUGUUCGGAGAGAUCUGA